AGCAGCAGAAGGUGGGCAACAUGUUGCGCGCGCAAGGAAAAAGUCGUUAUCGGAGUGGGAAGAGGAUCGCUGACAUGUGGACAGCCGAGGACGGUGACACGUGAAGAGAUGUGGGAAGACUUGGCGCGCAGCAGCAGAAGGUGGACGGCAUGCUGUGCGCGUGAUGCCGACUCUGCGGCAUGGAAAAAGUCGUAAGCGGAGUGGGGAGAGGAUCGCUGGACGUGACACGUGGCGACCCGUGGCGCGCGGCAUUGCGAGCUGGAUUCCAACUCAGCAGCAGGGAAAAUGUGUGAGGGGAGUGGGAAGAGGAUCAUGGGAAAAGCAGAUCGGACAACGUUACGCAGGCAAAACGGGACUGCAGGUGGUUGUCGGGAUGAGGGAGCAGCGAGACUGCAUAUGGUCGGGAUAAGGUAGCAAACAGUGAGAUGAAUGUGGCAGGGAUAAGGUAACAGUGUUUGAGGAGGUGGAUUUCCCAUAUGCCAAUCAGCAUCAGCGAGGGGGGGACAAAACCGGGGGCGGGGGGGAGAGAGGCGGGGGGGGGGGGGGGGGAAAGGGAUAGGAUGCAAGCGGGGUGAAAGGACACGUGGCGCGCGUGAUGGCGAUCCGCGCAUUGACGGGAGUUCAGCAGGCUUCUUCUUCUUCUUCUUCCCCCUCCUCCUCCUCCUCGUCUUCCCCCGGUUCGUUGGUGUGUGCGCCAACUCUGUUCUCUCCCACGUCAUCGUCGAUUACCUUUUCGACGCCAUCGCCAAUUUCUCCGUCUGCGCAACCGACAGACAAUACUCCUCCUCCUCCUCCCCUGCCUGGUUCUUCUGGGGUUGAUCAAGUUGCCGGCGUGUCCCGACGGUUGGAUUUUCAAUCAGCGGGAUCUGGACGAAGUGGUAGCGUUGCUGGCAUUCGUGCAGGAGAAGGCGCCUUGUCUUCCGCCAUCGUACCACCAGGCGGCACGUCCUCGUUGCACUCUUCCUCUUCCUCCUAUUUUUCGACCACCUCUGGAGGGGUAGCCUCCACGUCAGCAAAAUUGGCCUCGAUACAUCUCUCUCCCACGUCUCCUCCGUCCGUGGCCUCCGCGAGGUACCAGACGACGGCUGGCACUUCUCGACCUAAUUGCCCUCACAGCGGUGCGGGGGAUGGCUCUGCGAAAGCAACUACGCGCGAGGGAGGUUGCGACUGCGAGUCGUCAACCUCAUCUGGGCGUUCCACGUCAGCAUCGCGGUCGCAGACGUUGGGAUCGGCUCUGGACGCCGCCCACAAUCUCGUUGGAGGAAGAAGCGGUUCCUCGUCCCUGGCUAUGGCGGAAGGGCUCGCCUCCUUGUUGGGCCCAAUCGUGAGAGAGUUCGACGCAAAUGCGCAAAGUGCCAUGCGAAGUCAGGAGAGAUUGACGGUCAACAUUGGCCGCUUGACCGCCGAACUCGAUAAAUUGCUGGAAGAUACUCCCAUCCCUCAUGUGUCACAACAUGCUGCAAAGUUGGCAGGCAUCAGGAAAAGAGUGGUGGCGUUGACAUCAACACUACGUCUCAUUCAGGCACGAAUUGGGAGCAUGAACUCAAUCCUAAACAAAAAAGCCGUCAUGGACCAGAGGUCCGGAGAAUUAGACGAGGCCUAUCAGUCCCGGAUGCUGGCUUGGAGUACYGAAACAAAGAAACGGGCGGAUGACGCAGCAGCAGCAGUGAAGAAGAAGGCAGAGGAUGUCGAGCAGGCACGUCUGCUGGCACAGCCGCGCGAGACAACUCCAAAGUUUGACGGGCAGGAGAUCUUCUUCGACUCGACCAAGACAGAUCCGGUUCCAUGGUUCCGCAAGUUCGAGCUCACGCUGCAGCUCCACAACGUCCAAGAACACAAGCACCACGCAUACUUGUACUCUCGCUCAGGGGUCGCGUGCCGGGCUUGGUUGGACAAUCUCUUGUCCAAGUACGGAGUGGUAGCCAACGACUUGCACACCAAGAUCAGUUGGGAUGAUCUGAAGGCGGCGUGGGACAAGCGGUUCCAAGUGGAGCCGCCCAAGAUCAAGGCUAUGGACAAGCUCAUGGUCUUCGAGCAAGGCACGUUGCCGAGUAGCGACUGGAUCGCCGAGUACCAACGCUUGACGUCAGUCCCAGACAUCCAGAUUGGCUUCAAAGCCAUCCGCCACUACUUCAUCUCAAGGUCAUGUCCGACAUUAAGCAAUGCCUUGACUCGUGUCGAGGACACCUUGACGACGAUGGCGGAACUUUUUGACAAGGCCGUGCAGAUCAUCAUUACGAACAAGGAGGUUAAGAACCUGCGUUCGUCUGCAACAGGCCCGAGCAGGGACCAGCAUCGACCAAGAGUGGCCGUGGUCGCGGCAGCAACGCCAGAGGAGAGAGGGGAAGUAAGUGGCACGAAGGAGGAUGACAGAUGGAGGGAGAAGAAGAUAAGCGAAUGGGUGGCUAAUUUAUCUUUGGGAGAAGAUGAAGAGGCACAACUGUAUGUGCCGCAAGAGGAGAGGGAGGCGCUUGCCUUGAUAGAGGAUCCCUUGGAACGCCAGACUACAGAGGAUGAAAAGAAGUUGGAGUGGAAGCUGAAGAUGAUGAGGGAGAAGAAAAGGAGGGAGGAAGCCAGCAGGAUAGCGGGGGAGGUCGAACGAGUACGAACCGGCAGGCAAGAGUUGCAGGCCCAGACAGAAGUCUUUGCCAAAUUGGACAAGAUGAUGGGCUUCUUGGAGAUCUUGAGUGAGGCCUGGAUGGAGGAGCAUCAGGCCCGGAAAGGUCAAGAAGUAACCCUACAGGCCAUGCGAUCUGGGUUCAGGGAAUUUGCGGGUGACGUGGUGGGCCACGUCGGGGCCGAAGUAAGAAGACUGAGAGAUGGCGUAGACAAGUUCUGCGCUGGCGCUAUCAAGACCGCCAAAGUUGUGGCCUCAACAGAGGCCACGACUCGCCCCCGCAAAGAGCUAGUCAAGUUGAAGUUCCCUGACCCAUAUAGCGGGAAGAAGGAAGAGAAUUUCGAUAACUGGGAGGCUAAUCCGUCUUUGCCAUUUGUCGUCACCACGAGCGCGCGUCAAUAUGGUAUAGGCGCCGUGUUACAGCAGGACGACGACAAUGGCUGCAGACCCGUAGAGUUCAUGUUAGCGAGGAUGCCCUCAGAGAAGGUUGCUACCUCGACGUAUGAGAGAGAACUCUACGCUCUUAGGCAGGCUUUAGAGCACUGGAAGCAUUACCUGCGUGGGAGGCACUUCAAAGUGUACUCCGACCACGAGACUCUUAGAUGGUUGAAGACACAGGCCAAAAUGACACCUAAGUUGACUAGGUGGGCCGCUGAGAUAGACCAAUAUGACUUUGAGCUCAAGCCAGUUAAGGGCAAGUACAAUGUAGUUGCGGAUGCUCUGAGUAGGAGAUCAGACUACUUUGGAGCUAUAGUUUACUAUCUGGACAUAGGGAGUGACUUGCAAGAGAAAGUUAGACAGGCAUAUGCACAUGACCCCAUCUAUAGUGACCUCCUCAAGAAAGUCAAGGAGGCCCCAGAGACUGAGCCAGAUUACCGCCUUACAGAGGGCCAAAGCGGAUCUGCAGCAUGUCCAGACCCCGCUGCUGCUGCUGCUGCGGCAGCAGCAAAUGGUAGUGCAGGGAAUUCUAGAAUUGUUGCAGUCCCGAGUCCGGACCCAGCAAUGGCUGGGCCAAGCGGCAGCUUUGCUUACAUUGACAGGAAGGCGACGCGGAUUCCGUCCAAGUAUGACGGAAAGGACGACAUCGAGUCUUGGAUCAGCUCUAUGCGAUCCUACUUUGAUGUGUUGGGGACCCCCCCAUCAACCCAGUCGUCUAUCCUAGGGACUAAUGUGGAGCCCGUCGUGAGGGGUUUUCUGGAAACCCAAGCUGUCCAAUCAGGCUAUAAGAGAAUAGACAUGAACAAAUGGCUGAAGGCUACGCCUACUACCACACUUGAGGAUCUCUUGAUCAAACAAUAUGUUGAUCCACAUGCUGCAGCUAAAGCAAGACUCAAGCUUGACAAGCUCAAGCACAACAAGUGGACUGGCACCAUGCACAGCUUGCAGCAGUAUGUCAAUAAACUCUUUGCUACUCCGGAUCUGGAGAUGACUGCGCAGUCUUGCUUGGAUGUGAUAAAAGCUCGAUUAGCAAGACGAUCGGUGCCACGCGGAGGCGUUUCUCGCCAUUCUUUCAAUAGCAGCAGCAGCAGCAGGACAACUGCUGUGGGGAAAGCAUCCCUGACUUCAACCCCUAUCCCGAUGCAGCAGCGCGCAACCGGUUCGACUCCGGCACACGGCCAUCACAGGGCACGGAGUUUGGAUGAGGUGUUCAGUGUGGGAUCGCACGACGAUGAAUUCUGGACGAUUACAAUGUCCGAUGAUGAGCAUGCGGAUGGUAGGCGAGCAGGUGAUCACCAGCAUGCUGUGCAACUGGAGAAAAAGAAGCGCGGUCCAGACAAGCUUCUUUUGAAUCGUUCACAUGGCAAGGGGAUGAGCGAGCAAAGUAAAGGCCGUGGAGAGUGGAGCAAUGGCAGGACCACCGCACAAUAUCUGAAUGCAAAUGCGGACCCGCCAGGUCAGUCUGGUGAAGGUCUUACCUUGUCUGGAAGCAUUGGCCGCUAUGGGUCCGGCACUGCAAAGUGGCCUACUGGACUCGACAACCCCCGAGUGUCAGCAGGAGGCAUUGGGCGUGGGCAUGAAUCACAUCCAGUUAUGAGCAACAAUGUGUCAAUGUUGCAAACUCGGGGAUUGGAGAAGGGCGGAGGCAUUAGUGAGAGGUCUUUUAGUAGUGGGAAGAACAACGAACCAUUGUCCAGAUCUGUCGCUGAGAUUCGUAAACCGGUCUGGGAGCGAGGUGUGCGGGUGGUCAGGGGCAUCCAACGGCUGAGAGAAAGCAUAGCCGCAGAUGGUGACUCCUUAGGGCUUGGUUUGGGGUUGGAGUUCCAGGUGGGAGGUGAUGAGGGACAUCGCCGGGCCCGGGCUAGCACUCCGUCGGGACGGUCUGGGAACAGUAGUCUGCAAACCAUUGCCAGAGACAGGGGUCCCCCGCCAAUGAGUACGGCUAAGGGUAGUAUAACCCAAGCUGCCAGCGCUGCUGAUUACUCGGCAGAUGGAGAAAUAACUCUCGACGAAGACCCCGGCGGUCCAGGGAUGGAAAGCAUGGCAGGGUCUACAAGAGGGGGGAAAGCUGCAGAGAUUCAACCAGUUGCCACUCGUAGGAAUGAGAGUACAAACUACAUAGGUUCUGAAAUGGUGAGAGAGUCGCAUGCGUGGAGAGGAGCUGAUCGUAGACUAGAUAAUAGGGGCCCUACGGGGGUUGUCGUGGGGCGUGAUCCAGGUUCUAACAGGUGGGGGGAACUGCGGAGAGAUUCUGCAGAAAGUCCUGGUACGCUGGAAAUCAACAGGAGUGGUGCUCGCGAAUUCGGUGACACCUAUCCGAUCCGGCAUGGUUCCAAUAGCUUCCAAGGUGGCCCAGAGAGUGGAUUGCACAGAGGGGCUGAGAUGUGGAGUGACAAAGACGGAGGUAUUGGUGUCGACAUUUGAUAUCUGGCUUAUGCAUAUCCUUUUUUUAAGUCCUUUCUUAUUAUUCUGGUAGUAACUUCUGAUAGGGUCAUGUAGGUGUGCAUAGAUUAAAUGCGCGUAGGUAAAGUGGAGACGGUAAACAUGCAGGUUCAACGCGAAACAGAAUUAUGACGAUAUAUAUACAUGCAUAUACAUCUGUGGGGGGGAGAGAGAGAGAGAGAGAGAGAGAGAGAGAGAGAGAGAGAGAGAGAGAGAGGCUGAAAGAGGUUGAGAAGGAUUCAGAUAUCACUUCAUCAUAUCGAUAGUUUGGAGUAGAGGUAUUUGAAGGAGAGGAGAUACUUGUGUGUGAUAGAGACAUUUCAAUCACAUGUCUUUACUGUCACAAUGGGGGGGAUUGGGGUUUUGGGGGCGGGGGGGUCAGGUAAUACAACUGGGUGCCAGGAGAGGCAGAAACGUGGGAUUUCUGUUGUAAAUUGAAGUGAUGGAUAUGGAUUGUCCAGAAUGAUUCGGCUUGGUAGAGCACAGUGGAUGCAUGGUUAGCAUGAACUCCUGUGGUGGGAAAAGUCGGUUAGGGUUUUGCCCUCGGUUUUGGGGAUUGGAUAGACAGCAGUGAAUCAGGUUUGAGGUGCACCAUAAAAGAUACUAAUAAUCAUUAAUAAAACGAUGACAGAAAAGCUUUCGGGCGGAUCAGCAGGAUGGUCGUAUAGUCGAUUCUUCCCAAUCAAGGCUCCUGCGGCGGGGAGCAAGCAUUCUUCUCUGCGGUGUGUGGGGACAACAGCAGGUGCAUUCUCGUCAGCAUGCCAAUCCUGUCAGACUGCCAAUGGUGCCCAUGUCCAUGUCCUUUUCCGUGGCAAUGGCAAUCUAUACUCCAUGGUAGGUACCCAUGUAAAGGGGUAAGCCCCCCUUAUUACAGCUUUAUUAACCCAGAAAAGGCUUUUUCGAUGCUUGUAAGCGUUGACAAAAUUUGGAGUCUUGAAUUGAAUGAAUGGUUGGCCGCACUAGAUUUCAUGCUGUGGCAUGGGACUCGUCACAAUCCCACAAGGGAAGAGAAACGAAGAGAAAUUUAUUGAUUGCAGUCGUGCUUUUCAGCAAGCAGUGUGUAGGCUGCUUGUGGUUGGUUGUGUGCAGUGGUAAUUCAGUGCAGGUGCUGUCAUUGAGCCCUGCCAAGAUGCAGAAUCCCCUCGAAUGUAGGGGGCCCACAAUAAUGGCACCUCAUUUGACAGCUUAGGACUUCACCAAUCGAGGAGAACUAUAUUUGUCGUGUGAAUUUCGACGUAGUUCGUUUUGCUGCCAGCUGCUGGUAGAUAUGAAAAUUUCCAUGGAAUCAAUCCAUGUUGUCGCA